UCCCUGUAGCUGAAUCACAGACAAAGGAGUUUCUGCUUUUAUGUUGCUGAAAUUAUCAGAAGGAAAAAGAUGAAUCCACCAGCCGAAUCUCUCCUCAAAUACGAUCAUCCAGUUUUGAUCAGGGAAAGCACUGACAGAAAGUCACCAAAGGGGCGCCCUUUAAAAGUGGGUCCACAGCAGGUGAGGGGACAGUCUACCUCUACUGACACCACCAAGCAGGAGAUCCUAAACGCCAUCCUUCCACUCAGGGAAUGGACUGACGGAACCGAGCUGUGGAUGCAGCAAGUGUCCAGUGCACCUUCUACAAGAACAGAUGUUAUUCACCUAGGGGAGCUGCUGGACACAAAGCUGCACCAAAGGCAGCCCAGACAGAUAGGAAUAUGCCCUGUCAGUAGGGAGCUCUAUUCUCAGUGCUUUGAUGAGCUCAUCAGACAGAUGACCAUCAGGUGUGCUGAGAGGGGCCGGCUGCUCUCGCGGGUCAGAGAUGAGAGUCGAAUGACUAUUGCUACCUACCAGACUCUGUAUGAAAGCGGUGUGGCCUUUUCUAUGAGGAAAGCCCUUCAGUCAGAGCUGGAUAAGGUUGACAUGCAGAAAAAAAGUACUGAUCUUGAAGAUGAGAAACUGGAGCUGAAGAAGCAAAUCAACAAAGUCAAGUCUCAAUGUGAUGCCAGUGAAAAAAGAGAAACUGAAAGGCGACAGACUGAAGAAAAGAAUCAUGUGGAACAGAUCCAGCUCCUCGAGAGAACCAACCUGCAGCUCAAGGUGACGUUUCAAGGCUUCAUACCACAGAAAUAUAUCUUCCCCCUGCACUUGUUCCUGUAG